AUGUCAAGUAGUAACAGUUUUAACGAAUCAAUCGGUGAUAGAGUACCAUUGCCAGAGAGUUUAGUACAAUGGAUUACGACAAACAACGUUAAAGUGACUCAUCCAUUCUAUCUUCGUGACACCAAUCAACAACAACAACAACAACAAUCAUCAUUCAGUGAUCAUCAAAGCAACUAUACUCCUUCGCACGACCAGUAUUCUAAUACAUACAACUAUUACCAAGAUCAACAACAACAGUACUACAACAAUCAACAACAACAACAACAACAACAACUAUAUGAAAACUAUGAUGAUUAUGAUUAUUAUCAACAAGAAGAAGAAGAAGAACAACAACAACAGUAUUAUUAUAAUAAUGACGAGGAUUAUUAUUACUAUAACCAAGAAGAUGAAGAAUAUUACUAUGAAGAUGAAUACUAUGAUGAAGAAGAGGAGGAAGAAGAAGAAGAACAACCAACAUAUGUAUUAUCAGAUGAACUGAUAGCUAUGUUUGCUAAAACUGAAUUAAAGAGAAGAGCUAAACAAAAGCAAGAGGAAGCAGAGUAUUUAGCAGAUUCAAAUUUGAUAAAGGAAGCAGUGUCUAAUGGUGACGCGGAUAUUAUACGUACUCUGGUCACUCAAACGUAUCCGUCAAAGUUGUCAACUACUCAUGCCUACCACUGGGCAGUCUUGUAUAACAAAUACCACGUACUCGCGUUGCUCAAACAGCUCGAUGUGCCGUUUGCCUUGAACCCCUUGUCAACACACUACCCAGGGUAUGACUUUGUCGAUGCUUGUACCGGAUAUUUGGGUGAUUCAAGGUACUUUAGAUGGGCACUCGAGCACCAACCUCAACUCGUACAAGACAACCUACAGUACAUCCCACCAACCCAAUUCUAUCUAAUGGGUGAUGUCGAGUUGAUCAACCGGUAUGUUCUCAACCCCUACACACAUUGUAUGCCACCUCAUUUGGCCAGUUCAGGCACCGACCAAGAUUUCAUUGGAGGACUCGAUUUUGGGGCCAACCAUUCAGGUGAUCUUUCCCUUGCCACUCUUCAAUCGGAUGUAUUCAAUCAAGUGCUUUCCCAACGAGGUGAUCCAAUCAAGAGAAUAGAUCUAGUGCAGACUAUAAUUGAAAGGACAGAACCUGAAUGGCUCAAGCGUCACUACAACAACUCGUUUGCAAUGUUUUUAGAGGAACAACAGCAAGAGUUUGAUGUAUUUCUACCGGCCAUUGAUAUUGGUGUCAAUCAAGUAGACGACGAAAAACAUAUGAAUGCCAUCACUCAUGCCAUGGAACUGAUCAAAGCCAAUAGAAUCAUUCUAAAGACACUCGAAUUUGAAAAGGUCACAGAAAACAUUAAAUCACUCAAUACCCGCUUUUAUUGGUUGGUGCUAGAGACAUUUAUGAUAGAGAUGAAAUACUUGAAAUAUUAUACAGGAAUCAAGACAUUUAUUGAAAAGCAUCACAAGUACUCAAAUUGGAAAAGUAAAUUCUAUGAAAUUUGUUUCCAAUUCCUCAUCAAUCAAAAUGUAUCUUGGAAUAUCAUCUUGGAUAUUUUUGGAGACACUUUAUUUGAUAUUCCAAAUAAUGAUAUUUACACCAACAUUGAACUUGUCAUUAGAAAACAAACACAACCUCUUAUUCCAAUAGAUGAUUUAAAUUCAAUUGAUUUUCUAUUAAAAUUAUUAAAAUUCAAAAAGAAUCAAAUAGAUAGUAAUAAUAAUAAUAGUAGUACUCAACUCUUAUCCUCUUCAUCUUCUUCCUCAAAGAUUGAACAAUUUAAAAUUUACAAUUAUAAUAGACAAACCAAUGAAUCACCGUCAUUGACAACUGAAAGUAUUUGGGAGGAAUUAUUACAAGAUCACAAUGAAAUUCAUUCAGUCAUUAUUGAUUGCCAUGUUGUAUUUCCUACAAGUCUUGUACCACUUGUCCCCCUUCAUCUAUUGGAUCGUGUAUAUAGUAGAGCCAUUAUAAAACAAGACGAUGCAUUAUUGGAACAAGUCAAACUUGUUUAUAACAAGUCAAACAUGAACUUGUACGGUUCAUUUUUAAAUGCCAAUCAUAUUCCACUUAAAAGUCGGCCCAAAUACCUCCUUGACAACUUUGGAAAGGGACUUGUUACAAACUAUCUAUGUUGCAAAUAUGUUGGUAGAAAGGGUUCGAUUGAACUAUUUGAUUUAUUCAAUCAAUACAAGGCCUAUGGUUCAAAAGAGCGUUGUCUUGGUUUUGCAUUAGGUUAUGCAAGACAUGAAUUGGUUCAACAUAUAUUGUUAAACAUGUUUUCAAACAGCGAUGCCAAAGUACCUUGGUCAACCGUUUCACCCUUUAUAAAUUAUUCAAACUUGACAAUACCUCUUUAA